CAAGCGUAUUCCGAUCGCCUCGCGGUUCCUUUGUGUCAGCACUGGCGGCGAGCUUGCCGAAGGGUGAGGAAGUGAGUGUGUGUUACAAGUGAAACAAAAAAAAUACUCUAAACCGCACCAGCAACUUGAUUUUUCGUGCAUCCCAAAACUUUGUUCCCCACAAUCAACAGACAUUUCAAACAAACGAAUUGAACUCACGUUUAGCCCGACAAAAGAGCUACGAUAGUUCGGAAAAAAGUUAUAAAUCUACGCACCGAGGCGGAGUAAUAUGAGUAAUGCAGCCAACCAAAAUGGAUCAGGUCUAGAGCAGCAGUUAGCUGGUCUGGACUUGCAGGGCUCCCGCCAACCGAGUGGGGCUCGCUAUAUACCACCGCAUUUACGCAAUAAGCCCAGCAACGGGCCCACACCAGUGAGUGGUGACAACAGUGCCCCAUUGGACUCGCGAUCCUACUCCGAUCGUGAUCGUGGUGGGGGUCGUGACCUGGACAGCAACGAUCGAAACGAUCGCGACCGAGGCUCGUACAGAGACAGCCGCAACAAUCGUGACGUUGAUUUCGGCAAUUUCGGUGGUAGAAACAGGCGUUCACAGGAGAACGGUCGCGACUACUCCCGCCGUGAUUACGGCAAUGACCGUUGGCCCGAUCAGCCCCAGCCCCAGCGCAACGAUCGCUGGCAGGACAACAGAAAUGACAGCCGUGGAAUGGGCGGUGGAGGGAGCAGAUGGAAGGACGAAUCCGAUCGUGGUGGUUCACGAGGGGGCAGAGGAGAGGUUGAUUGGACAAUUCCCACAGCCAAGGACGAGCGCCUCGAGCUUGAGCUCUUUGGCAGUGGCAAUACAGGCAUUAAUUUUAGCAAAUACGAGGAUAUACCUGUCGAGGCAACUGGUGAAAACAUCCCCUCACACAUCACAUCAUUCGACGAAGUCAAGCUGACAGAAAUAAUAAAGAAUAGCAUAAGCUUGGCUGGUUACGAUACACCAACACCAGUACAAAAAUACGCAAUACCAAUAAUAAUAAGUCGUCGUGAUGUUAUGGCAUGCGCUCAAACGGGCUCUGGUAAAACGGCUGCCUUUUUAGUGCCAAUACUUAAUCAGAUUUACGAGAGUGGUCCACGUCAACCACCACCGUCGGCUGGCACUGGCAGACGCAAACAGUAUCCCCUGGGUCUUGUACUGGCACCAACGAGGGAAUUGGCAACUCAGAUCUACGAUGAGGCGAGAAAAUUCGCUUAUCGUUCGCGUAUGCGUCCAGCUGUUGUCUACGGUGGCUCGAAUAUUGGCGAUCAGAUGCGCGAGCUCGAUCGUGGCUGUCAUCUGCUGGUGGCCACACCAGGCAGGCUGGUUGAUAUGCUGGGAAGGGGCAAGAUUGGCCUUCACAACUGUCGGUUUCUGGUACUCGACGAGGCUGAUCGCAUGCUGGACAUGGGCUUCGAGCCCCAAAUCAGGCGUAUUGUCGAGGAGGACACGAUGCCACCCACUGGGGAGAGGCAGACACUCAUGUUUUCAGCCACUUUUCCCAAGGAAAUUCAGAUGCUAGCUAGAGAUUUCCUUAGUAAUUAUAUUUUCUUGGCGGUGGGGAGGGUGGGCUCCACUUCUGAGAAUAUUACUCAGAAGAUUGUGUGGGUCGAGGAGCAUGAGAAACGAUCCUACUUGCUGGAUCUGCUCACUUCUAAUAAUUAUGGUGAUCCCAGUGAGGCGCUGACACUCGUCUUUGUGGAGACUAAGAAGGGGGCUGAUAUGCUCGAGGAGUUUCUCCAUCAGAUGGGUUAUCCUGUCACCAGCAUUCAUGGGGACAGAACGCAGAGGGAGAGGGAGGAUGCACUCAAGCGCUUUAGGGCUGGUAAAGCACCCAUUCUCGUUGCCACAGCUGUUGCUGCCAGGGGCCUUGAUAUUCCUCAUGUCAAGCAUGUCAUUAAUUUUGAUCUGCCUGGGGAUGUUGAGGAGUAUGUCCACAGGAUUGGACGUACCGGGAGGAUGGGGAACUUGGGGCUGGCAACCUCGUUCUUCAAUAGUAAGAAUCAUAAUUUGGUGAGGGAUCUGGUCUCGUUGCUGGUGGAGGCCAAUCAGGAGCUGCCUCCUUGGUUGGAUAAUAUGUUCUCGGAGGCCAGGAACUCCGGGGGUGUUAGGAGACCUGGUGGGGGGACGAAGAGCAGUGGGGGGAGGUUCAGCAGCGGGUUUGGGGCCAGGGAUUAUCGACAGAAUCCCAGCUCCGGCAUGCCGAGGAGCAAUGGACCCUCUGGACGUCCCGGUGGUUUUGGAGGUGGUUAUGGGGGAGGCUACGGUGGUAACUACAACUCAUCAUACAACUCCACCAACAAUGGUGGUGGCGGUGGUCCCGACUGGUGGGGAAAGUAAAUUAACUCUGACAGACAACCAUUUUUCGUGGCUAUCUCCUAUUUCAAUACCUUUAUUACAUUACUCUACAUGCAAAUUUAAUUAUAUAAAAAAAAAUAUAGUACGAAUGGUAAGAAGGCAGAAAAAUAAUAAAUGCGGAAAAAAAUUAUAAAAUCGAUAUAACGAAGUAACAACGUAACAAAUUAUGACGUAACGGGUGACAAGACAGAUCAUCGAGUGUUAUGCUGUACAAACUGAUGAAGAAAAAAAUAAUUAUUUGAAAAAUAGUGGCUCGUUGCCACUGGUAGAUUCGGAUUAUCUCAUGAAAUAUGAAUAUUCAAUGACCAAUUAAAUUGCUAUUACUUUUGUUGUUUGAAAAAUCAAUUUCAUGAGUAGUGAAGUGCAACACAAUACAAAUUACAACUAGAGUAAUCAUUCAUCCUUUCAUUAUUAUAGAUAAAAAAAAAGUAACACUGAUCGUCACUGUCGAUAAAUGAUAACGAUCAACGUGUAGUAGAUGAAAAUUUAGUUCAAUUUUCUAGGGACAUACCUUGAGACUUCAAGACUCGUUGUGGCUCUAUUAUUCUUAUUAAUCAAUUGUCAUUAUCACAAUUUAAUUAAUUUAUGAUUCUGCAAGGUGUGCUAAUUUUUUUGGUGAUAAUGAUUCAGUUUUGUGGUAUGAUUCUCACUGAGCCUUUGUGGUUUUUCAUUUCUCUUGUAAAGCACAGGAUUUUUGCAUUUAAUGAGGAAAAAAAAAGAAAUUUACGACGAACUUGGAAAAUACACGUAUGUCAAUCAUACCUCCACAUGAAACGGGUAUUUUUUUUCACCUUUACAUGCUGAUUUCCCAAAUUUGUAGAACAUCAUCGAAUGUUUUUUUUGUUUUCAUGAUCUUGAUGAACGUGACUCGAGGAAGAGCUAUUGAAGGACUCGGUGGUGAUUGUCUAUUUAUUUUGUCAACGAGUGGCUAACGGGUAAAUGUUUCUUGAGAUUUUCUCGGGAAAUCACUCAUUGUGGAGAUGAUUGAACGUUUAGAGAGACGUGAGAAAUCGAGUCGAUGUGUUACGUGCCAUCAGUUCACUCCUGAAUUAUCGGAAAAUUCAAUCAUUGAGGAACGAAUGAGACGAGAUUGGAUGUGACACGCUGAAUUCGAAGCACUAGACGUUUAUUUGUUGAGAAGUUGAUGAAAUAAAUGGACAACGCACUGAUGUUGAAUAGAGAGCGAUUAGAUCAACAGCAGGAUUCAAUGUUCAUACGAAAGAUUUGGGAUUUCUCACUAUCGAAUAUUUCAAAUCAUUCAGUAUUAACGUUGAUUGAUGAAUAGUAUUACGAAAUACUGGUGAAUACUAGGGAUGGAACGAAAAGCAGACGAAUGACUGACAUAAAUAGUGAUGAUUGUUGCAAAGGCAUUUUACACGUCAAUUGAAAUAUCAGUAGAGAAAUGGUGAAACGUAACAAGUUAAUUUCUAUAUUUUUGGUAACUGUGCAUUUAUCUCGAGAACGAGUGACUUUAAGAGAAAAUGGCGAGAGCCCUUUUCUGUGGAUCAAGAAGUUUCCGACAAAAAAUGGCUUUUGACUUUUCCUCGUAGAGCCAUUGGUUACCGAAACAAUCGCAUAUUCAACGAGGUGUGAAAACUCGAAUUGUUCUGUUAGGUUUCACCCCUUCAAUGCUGAUGUCACAGGCAUCGAUGCUUUUUCCAACUUAUCACAUCUAUUUCUUAAUAUAAAAAAAUCAUUCAUUUCCAAUUUUUUUCUAAAGAAUACAAACGAAUAUAUCAAGAUAGGAAUCACGAUUGCAGUGACAGAAAGAGUUGCUAUUGAAGAAAUAAAAACUGAUAUUUAUAGUAAAAAAAAUGACGAUUGAACUGGAGGUAAAGGGAUCCCUCCGAUAUCCAACACGAAUAAAUCAACAGAUGCUAUUCAACAUGAGCUGGCAUCGACGCGCAUUCAGUAAUAUUUCAUAAACUGUAUUUAUCAAUACCGAUGAUACUUUGUAACUAAAGAAAACGAGGCAAAGUGAUAUUCGUAAAAUACAUAACUAAAAUAAUUGAA